UAUGGAGGGAAAGUGAGGGGUGUCGAAGGAAAAUUGUGUUCAAUGGAAGGAAAGUUUGGGGAAAAAAACUGCUAACUCCGAACACAAAAACAUAAAAUUAACAUAAAAUUUUCCUUUCUCCCUUUCUUCUCUGACCAACCAAUCAAGUGGCUUUUUUCUCUACCUAUUUCCUUAGAUUUUCUUUAGAAACUGAUACCGUUGACAUAACCAUUACUAGAACCGUAUCCUUGAUCGAGGUUAUUCAGUUCAUCUCAUCCGAGUUUCUUUGCAAUUGUUUCACAUAAAUUAUCCCCAACAAAGAUAUUAUCUUACAGGAUCCUUCAAAUGGCGUCUUCUUCAACUUCAUCUGUUCCUAAGAGCUUUAAGUAUGAUGUAUUUUUGAGUUUUAAAGGUGAAGACACCCGUAAAAGCUUCAUCGAUCAUCUUUAUUAUGCUCUUCAGCAGAAAAACAUUUCCACUUAUAAGGACGACGAGAGAAUUGAAAAAGGGAAAAGGAUCAGUGAUGAGCUCAUGGAAUCCAUUGAAGACUCAAAAUUCUUCAUCAUUGUUUUCUCCAAGAAGUAUGCGUCUUCAUCUUGGUGCUUGAAUGAGCUUCUAAAGAUAAUGGAGUGUCACAAGUCAACCGAUCAUACUGUUUACCCAGUCUUCUAUGAUGUCGAACCCUCUGAAGUCCGCAGUCAGAUCGGGGCAGUUGGAGAAGCUUUUGCCAGACACGAAAAGGAAGAGGCUGCUGGGAAAUGGAGAAAGGCUUUGAAAGAAGCAGCUGAUGUAGCCGGGUGGGAGUUGAAGAACACUAAUGAUGGGCAUGAAGCAAAAUUCAUCCGACAAAUUGUUGAAAAGCUUUCACUAGAGUUACGUGCCAUCAAUGUCCGCAUUGAUAAAAACUUAGUAGGCAUGGAGACCCGGAUCAACGAUAUUUUAUCAUCUUUAGAAACUGCUUCGGAUGAUGUUCACAUGAUCGGGAUCUGGGGGAUAGGAGGAGGUGGGAAGACGACUUUGGCCAGAGCUGUUUUUAAUAAAUUAUCCUUUCAGUUUGAAGGUAAAAGCUUUAUUGAGAAUGUCAGAGAAGUUUCAAAAGCUUCUUUGUCCGGUUUGAAUUCAUUGCAAAAUCAAAUCCCUUUAAAUGGUAGAAAGGUUCUUCUUGUUCUCGAUGAUGUGGACCAUGUAGAUCAGCUUGAGGCGUUAGCCGGUGACCUUAAUUGGUUUAAGCGGGGCAGUAUAAUUAUCAUUACAACAAGAGAUAAGCAAGUGCUCAUAGCACAUGGAGUGAAGAUUCAUAAUAUCAGUCUAUUAUCCAAUAAGGAAGCAAUUUGGCUCUUUAGUAGAUACACAUUUGGGCGAGAGAUUCCAAUUCAAGGGUACGAAGAGUUCUCAAGACAAGUUGUAUGUUAUGCUGCUGGACUUCCCUUGACGAUCAAAGUUUUGGGUUCAUUUCUUUGUGGUAAAAGUAAGCCUGAAUGGGUAGAUGCCCUAGCUAGACUAAAAACAAUCCCGUUAGAGGAAACUCAGAAGAAGUUGGAAUUAAGCUAUAUUGGUCUAGAUGACGAUCACAAGGAAAUAUUCCUAGAUGUUGCAACCAUAUUAAAAGGUCGGCAGAAAAAGUCAGCAAUCAAAGCACUUGAAAGCUGUGGAUUUUAUGCUAGAAUUGGUUUAAGAGUUCUUGAGCAAAAGUCUCUCAUAACUAUUGAUGAUAACGAGCGUUUGUGCAUGCAUGACCAUUUAGAAGAAAUGGGCAGGAAUAUCGUUCGUCGUUCACAUCCCGAUAUGCCUAACAAACAUAGCCGACUGUGGGAUAGAAAGGAAAUAGAAGAUAUAUUGGCUAAUGACAUGGGUACUGAGGCCACAAAAUGUAUACAAUUAUACUGUAGGAAACUUGAUUCAAAAAUCUUUAUAAAAGGUCUUAGAAAGAUGAAGGAACUUCGGUUUCUUGAUGUGGAUGUGGCUCUACAAGAUCGUCCCCCCAAUCGAGAAAUUAAUAAACUCAUUCCAAACUUUCUAAACGCUUUAGGAUUUCUUUUUUGUGAUUGGAAAUUUAAUGAAGUCAGCCCAUACAUUCCAGAUGCUUUAUGAUAUUUGCGAUGGGACGGGUACAAUUCUAAUUAUUUACCAAAAUCAUUUCAAGCAAAUAAUCUUGUCGCGCUUCAGAUGGAUUUCGGCGAUAUCGUACAACUUUGGGAAAGGGGGGAAAGAAAGGUUCUUAAAAAGCUCAGAUUCCUUCACCUCCAUGGUAAAAAGUUGAGGUCCCUUGACCUUGGGCUGACUCCAAAUCUUGAGACAUUGACACUUAAAGGGCAAGGUGAUUGGGUAGAACUUUACAUGCCCGGUGAAUGUCUAAAACUUAGAUCCCUCAAACUUUAUGGUGUAAAGUUGGGGACGCUUGACCUUGGGUUGACUCCAAAUCUUGAGAAUUUGUUGCUUGAAGAUUGUGAUUUGGAAAAGCUACACAUGGCCGAUGAAUGUUUAAAGUUCAGAUCCCUCAACCUUUCUGGUCUAAAGCUGAGGACCCUUGACCUUGGGCUGAGUCCAAAUCUUGAGAGGUUGGAUCUUGAAUAUUGUAACGAUUUGGAAGAAUUUCACAUUGCUGAAUGUCCAAUGCUCACAUUCAUCAAGAUUGAGUGUUCAAAGUUGAGGACCCUUGAUCUCAGUCUGGUUCCUAAUCUCAGUCACUUGUUUCUUUCUGAAUGCAUAGGUUUGGUAGAACUUCACUUGCCUGGUAGAUCUAUAAAUCUCUUCAUCCUACAAUGCACUAAUUCAAAGUUAAGGACCCUCGACAUUGGGCUGUCAACCAAUCUCACUGCUUUAGAUCUUAAAGAUUGUUAUGAUUUGGAACAACUUCACAUGGACGAUCAAUGUCAAAAGCUUGUAUCUCUCAACAUAAGUCAUUCAAAGUUGAGGAUCCUUGACCUUGGGCUGACUCCAAAUCUCGAGAAGUUAGAUCUUAGAGAAUGUUAUAACUUGGUAGAACUUCAUCCUCCCAUUGGAUGUCUAAACAAUCUUGUCUACUUAAACUUAAGUGGCUGUUUCGGGUUUAGAUAUUUUUUGUUUCAUUCAACGGAUAAUACUUCUGGUAUAGUGAAUGAAUCACUUGAGGUCCGUCCUUUAGCUGAGUUAUAUUUCACCCUAAAAAUUUGCUCAUUUCACCCCGAAAAUCAUUUGCCAGAGUUUGAGUUUAAAUCUUUUCAUAAAGAGGAUUUACCCUCAUUGACUAGAAGUAUUGAGAAGCUUAUUUCUGAAGGUCCGUGUUCUUGCACAAAACUUGAGACAUUUUCAAGAAGCAUUUGUGAGUUACAACGUUAAAGAAAGCUUAAACUCAAAGGCAGUAUUCCACGGGUACCCAAGAGGAGCUAAGUUUGUUGUCUACAUCUUCCAGAUAGAAUUUGUAUGUUGAAUUCCGAAAUCUAUCAGACUUAAGUGUUGUUGGCUUUUUGAGAAGUUACCAAGGAGAUUUGUUGAUUAGAGAUGUUUAGAGCAGAAAGAUAUAUAUAUUUUUUAUGUUGGAACAUACCGUGAGGGCUUAUUCAGUCAUGUGAUUUUACAUCCACAGCAACCACCCACAACUGGAAGUUGGAACUAAACUACAAGGAGUUCUGGUGCUAAGCCUCCAGUCAGGUUCAAGAAGGUUGUUGAGACAAUGAAGACAUUACGGGAGGGACCUGGUUCUAAUGACCAGUACCUGCCCCCAAGUGUGAUUCUUAAUGUGAAUGACAAGGCUGAUUAAGAUGAUCUUAAAGGCAGUGGAACCAAGGGAUGUAGUGACUGCAGAUCAUUGUAUGGUUGAGGACAAGAUAAAGAGGCCACGUGGGAGAAUUGAGAUGUUAUACACCAUUUCUAUCCACCUGGAGGACUCCUCAAGGUGGUUCUUCGAGGGCAGGAUAUUGCUAUGCACCCACUCAAGUCACACAUGAGGGAAGGGGUAUUAAGGGAAAAUCAGGAACUAAAGAGCAUCUUAUUACUGCUGGGACAUUAGGGGUAUUUUAGGCACUUUAUAUUAUAUAGAUUGUUAUGACAGAUAGUAUAAGAUGGUAGUGGGGGAGGGAGAGUCGAUCAUCUUAUGUGAGAAAUCCGGUAAUGGUACCUUUGGGAGAGUGGCUUCUCGAAUUUGCGUAACAGUUCUCUUGUAAUCAUUUGAGUAUUUGUCGAGUGAUUUCAGCUAAUCAGUUAAUCUUUUGUUCUUAUCAUUGUUUUGAAUAUCAGUUCAUAGCAUCUGGGAAGCAGUCUACACACAAGUUCACUUGCCCGACUACAUUUUGGAAACUAUUUGGUUUACAUCAGUCUAUGUAACCGAGUUUCUUUAACCAUCAUACUUUCCAAUUGAUGUUCUUGGAGCAGAACCUGGCGAUAGGGUAGAAGUUAAUUGAUGAACUAAUUCUUGCACAAGGUGAAACAGUACAAGGUGACUUUUUGAUGCUGCUACUCCUGAAGCGGUUUGUGGCGCAGGAAGGGGAUGCUGUUGAACCAGGUACAAAAGUUGCCAUCAUUUCAGAAUCUGCAGAAGCUGCAGCUCCUCCAUCCAACAAGGCAUCUGAAGAAGCUGUUUCUCAGCCACCCUUUCCUGCUAUUGUGAAUGUACUUGAGGAGAACCCAAUGGCAAAAGUCCAAACUACCCCUUGAACCUCUGCUUUAGAACCAUGGCAUCUUCUUAAAGAAUGAAAGAGACGUGUGAGCCACACAUUUUAUAGUUUAUACUACAGCUAUUGAUUUUAAUCCAAUACAAUCAAUGUUUAUAGUUUUAAAGUCGUUAAAUCUUUGUUCAAUUUGUUGCUUUCCUCAGUGG